AAAUGGAGUUAGAAGGAUAAACUCUCUCCCUCCUCCCGCUCUCCCUCUCCUCUCUCCCUCUCCUCUCUUUCUCUCUCUCUCUCUCUGAUAGAAAAGGAAGAGGAUUGACUUGAGUGCAAAAGGGACGGUGCUCUGAUUUUUUUUUUUGUUUUCUUUUCUUCUCUACUUUCCUACCCAGGUGUAGAGAACCCAGUAAGUCUAGCAGGAGAAAGGUCCUUUGAGCCCUAGCUUAAUUCUUCAUUGAUUCCAUUGGAUUUAGAGAUCUUGGGCCUUUUAUCCACCUCCAAUCAACGAUGAUGAUGUUCGAAGACAUGGGAAUCUGUGGCGAUCUCGACUUCUUCUCGGGACCCAUCAUGGAAGGACAUGUGUCAGUAGCGGGUGCUCCUAUGCACUCCACCGAGACGGAGCCCAUGGCGGAGGAUGAUUACUCCGAUGAGGAGGAGAUCGAUGUGGAUGAGCUUGAGAGGAGGAUGUGGAGGGAUAAGAUGCGCCUCAAGCGGCUCAAGGAACAGAACAAGGGCAAGGAAGGCACUGAGUUGGCGAAGCAGAGGCAGUCCCAGGAACAGGCCAGGAGGAAGAAGAUGUCUAGGGCACAGGACGGCAUCUUGAAAUACAUGCUUAAGAUGAUGGAGGUCUGUAAAGCUCAAGGGUUCGUUUACGGGAUCAUCCCGGAGAAGGGUAAACCUGUCACAGGGGCCUCGGACAACCUCCGAGAGUGGUGGAAGGAUAAGGUCCGGUUCGACCGCAACGGGCCUGCUGCCAUAGCAAAGUAUCAAGCUGAUCACUGCAUCCCGGGGAAGAACGAGGGUUGUAAUUCAAUCGGGCCAACCCCGCACACCCUGCAGGAGCUCCAGGACACGACUUUGGGCUCUCUGUUAUCGGCGCUCAUGCAGCACUGUGACCCACCACAGAGGAGGUUCCCGCUGGAGAAAGGGGUUCCACCCCCAUGGUGGCCCACCGGGAAUGAGGAGUGGUGGCCCCACCUGGGCCUGCCCAAGGAGCAGGGGCCCCCACCCUACAAGAAGCCCCACGACCUGAAGAAGGCUUGGAAGGUUGGGGUUCUCACUGCGGUCAUUAAGCACAUGUCCCCUGAUAUUGCAAAGAUAAGGAAGCUUGUGAGGCAGUCCAAGUGCCUGCAGGACAAGAUGACUGCGAAAGAGAGCGCCACGUGGCUUGCAAUCAUAAACCAGGAGGAGGCCCUGGCUCGUGAGCUUUAUCCCGACUCGUGCCUCCCCUUGUCCUCUUCUGGAGGGAGUGGGACUUUGGUGAUCAGUGAUUGUAGCGAGUACGAUGUGGAGGGGGCAGAAGACAAGUCGUGCUUUAAUACGCAGGAAUGCAAGGCUGAGAACAACAUAAGCCCGCCCAAUUUUGGGAUUGCAGGUUUGGACUUCAUUCGUAAGAGAAAGCCCUCUGGUGAUUUGAGUACGACCACCAUGGACCAGAAGAUCUUUACCUGCGAGUUUGUCCAGUGUCCCUACAGUGAGACCCGACUGGGGUUUCAUGACAGGACUCUGAGGGACAAUCACCAGAUGAAUUGCCUGUACAGGAAUAAGUCGUCCGAGUUUGGAGGCGGGUCUAAUUUUGAGGUCAAGCCUGUGAUAUUUCAUCAGUCGUUUGUACAGCAGCAGCAGCAACCCAAGCCAGCAGUGACAGCACCUGGGCACAGUCCAGUCUUGCAAGCGGCGUUUGACCUGUCAGGCCUUGGGGUGCCAGAAGAUGGGCAGAAGGUGAUCAGUGAACUCAUGUCCAUCUACGAGUCCAACAUUCAGGGCAACAAGAACAUGAAUGCGAACAACAGUUCGGUUCUAGUUGAUCAGAAUCGUUCCCACCCCAGGAUUCAGCAACAGAAUGAGUUUAACAUCCGCAGUCAAAGUCCAGCCAUGGAAGGGAACUUCUUUCAACAGCCAAAUAUCUCUAGCAACCACCAGAUGUUCAGUCGCGAGGAAAGUCAGUUUGACCGGUUCAAGGCCUUGAAUUCUUCGUUCGAGCCCAACCACAGCAGCAACAGCAGCAGCAGCAAUGAGAACAAUUACACCUUCAUGUUUGGUUCCCCAUUCGAUCUCUCCACCUUCGAUUACAAGGAAGAAUUACCAGUCGGGCCCAUCGAGUGCGUCCCCAAGCAGGACAUCCCGAUCUGGUUCCAGUGACAGAUACCCGAGUGUUGGAACUGUAAAUUCUCCGGGGAGAGAGGGGGACCGUCACGCAACAACCUCGGUCUUGUUGGGUAGAUCAGUUUUUUUUUUUUUGGAUGUUUGUGGUGACUAAUGUGAUCAUCUCAUCUUCCAAAAGAAACCUAAUUUACUACAUUUUUCUUCACAAUGUAGGGAUGUAGAUGUUAGAUGGAGGGUUUUUUUAAGUUUGGUAUAUUAGCUGGACAGGUCUUUUGAUGGGCAAAUAAGGAGUGUAGAGAGGAGAGGGUGGCCCCACAGUGACUUGUCCUGCUAAUGCUGCUGUCUCCUAAUAUAUCAGACAGUACAACUUCUCUUAAAUAUUUGUAAUGUAUUGAUGACUAUCUACAUAUAUAUAAUAUAUGUAUGUAUGAAUGUGACUGUGAUAUAAAUAAGUUAGGUGGUGCAUUUCCGGUUGUAUUGA